UGUACACAGCCAUUAUGAGCCAUAGUAUACGUAUGCUGACAGUUAAUUGUGUAUAUGAUCGCAUAUCACUGGAAUUGAGACCCGUGAGUGGAUUCUGUAGGCCUGCUGGAUUGUGUACGUGAGUGCAUAGAUUUUGUAAAAGAGAUCUGUGAACUGCAUUCCUUCUCACAAGACGCUCCUGCUGAGCUGCCAAUUUGCGGUGAGAUGUUUAAGAUAAAUUUCGCAGUUAUGAAGUUGAUGGUUGUGAUGAUGAUAAUCAUCGAGCGGGCCAGCGCAGCCAAAUUAGGCUCUUACGGGGCGGAUCCGAGCAAGGUGUCGGUCAGUGGGGUGUCAUCAGGCGCAAACAUGGCCGUCCAGCUACAUGUCGGCUUCUCCUCCACCUUCAUGGGGGUUGGUGCCGUGGCUGGAGCGCCUUACUACUGCGCACAGGGCAGUCUACUGAGAGCGACCACGUUUGAGUGUUCCACCAUCGGUAAUCCGGCCAAUGUCGACAUACCCUUCUUGAAGGCCACAACGGAGUAUUUUGCUUCUGUUGGCAAGGUGGACGCCACGAGCAACAUGAUGUCGGACCGCGCCUACAUCUUCAGUGGGACUCAAGAUAUAAUCGUACAAUCAGGUCUCGUGCAAAAACUUGAAGACUACUACAAGGAAUUCGUCCCUGCGGCAAACAUCAAGACGGUGUACAGCGUACCGGCUGGUCAUGCCUUGAUCACUGACGACUACGGAUCGAGUUGUGGAAGUAACUCCUCACCGUACAUUAACGACUGUGACUACAACCAGGCGUUUGAAAUCCUGGACCACACCUAUGGCAACCUGAAGGCACCGACCAGCAGUACUGCUGCAAAGGGACAGUUAUUGUCCUUCGAGCAGACCGAGUUUUUCCCCGUCACCUGUCAACCCAUUCUUCCCAUGGGCCCAACGGGUUAUGUUUACAUUCCGACUGGAUGUGUAUCUACAAAAAGUGAGAAAGAUAAACGAUACAUAAACGAACACUUAUUGAUAGUUUUCCUCGAUCAACUUUUCAGAUACUGCAAGCUGCAUGUAGCUCUCCAUGGAUGCUUGCAGACAACAGCUUCAAUAUGCAACGAUUUCUUCACAAAGACCGGUUACAACGAGGUUGGGGAGCUGAACGACAUCAUCAUUCUGUAUCCCCAAGCCUUGAUCAAUCCGUUGCUGGGCAACCCCUUGGGUUGCUGGGAUUGGUGGGGCUACACGAAUAGCGCUUACGCUGUCAAGACUGGCUGGGAGAUGCAAGCCAUCAAAGGCAUGAUCGACCGCAUUCUGCUGUAAUACCCUGCGAUGGGAGGCAUAAAGGGCGUGGUCAAAGGCGUGGCCUGACCACGCCCAAUCUCUUUAGGCAAUGAGAAAUAAAUAACAUGAAACAGUAGUUUCAGAAGAAGGUAUAUAUCAAGUGAAAUAAACUAUAAUAAUUUUACAUAAUGAAAGUGGGCGUGAUUUGGACCUGCGACAUCCGCAACACCGUACCAGGGACCUUCAAACAGAGUUAUCUAGCCCAGUGCUGUUUGACAUGUACUACUAAAUAUGUGUUGCGCGUAUGUGAAAAGGUGUUCAGCCACUGAAAAGAUAAAAAUGACAUUGGUAAAAGAACCAUGCUUUGUGAUGAGCAAAACAUGGUCCAUUGUAACGAAACAUGUGUCUACCUGAUCAGUCUGAAAGGUAGGUACAGUAGAUCAAUUGUUAUUUGCGCAUUUUAAUCUCAAGACAGGUGCCUAAUAUUAGUAACUUAACUCCCUAGGGUGUGUGCAAAAUCGUAUUAAAAUUGGAGGAUUCAGGACUGUUGGGGUUAAACGCUAACAGUCCUGAAUCCUCCAAUUUUAAUUCGAUUUUGCACACCCUUAAUGGAGUUUUAGCUCUGUGAAUGCUAAACAUUCUGAGAAAAACAAUAUUGCAGGAUCUCGUUUGCAAUUCAAAUGUUGCGUCAAUGCUUGGGCAUACCCAUGCAGUUUUGCACGGAUUCUCUGAAUUACAAA